CGUACUCUCGAGUCCUCAAUGCGCGCCGCCGUUCCUGCGGAAUUCAGGAGACUGUGGUUGGACUCCGAAAGGCUACCACCUAGAAAAUAAUGAACAACAAAUUUGACGCUCUGAAAGAUGAUGACAGUGGAGACCACGACCAGGACCAAGGCUCACCGAAAGACAGUGAGAAGGAAAAGACUGAAGACGAGGACAAAGACCAGAACAGCUCCAAGAGAAAGAUGGUGGUGCCAGGGGCAGGAGAGCACCCUCUUCAAUACAAUUACACCUUCUGGUACUCCAGGCGCACCCCAGGGAGACCAGCCAGUACUCAGAGCUACGAGCAAAACAUUAAACCGAUUGGUGGCUUCGCCUCGGUGGAGCAAUUCUGGCGUUUUUAUAGUCACAUGAUCCGGCCAGGCGACAUGACAGGCCAUAGUGACUUCCACCUGUUCAAAGAGGGUAUUAAACCCAUGUGGGAGGAUGAUGCCAAUAAGAUGGGUGGGAAGUGGAUCAUCCGUCUGAGGAAAGGCCUUGCAUCGCGCUGCUGGGAGAACCUGAUCCUGGCAAUGCUGGGGGAGCAGUUCAUGGUUGGGGAGGAGAUCUGCGGGGCUGUGGUGUCAGUCCGCUUCCAGGAGGACAUCAUCUCUAUCUGGAACAAAACAGCCAGCGACCAGGCGACCACUGCCCGCAUCAGAGACACGCUGCGCAGAGUUCUCAACCUGCCUCCCAACACCAUCAUGGAGUACAAGACUCACACAGACAGCAUUAAGUAUAGCAUGGGUAGACUUCCAUGGACUGGUGAACCCUAGUGGCGGACGUUAGCCCCUCACACAGACCACCUCUGAAAGAGUGUGUGUAUAUGUGACAUGCCGGGGGAUGACGAGUCCUGGGAAGGAAACCUCUAUGUGGAUUGGGACUGUAACAUGAAGACAGAGCAAAAGUCAGAAACAGAGGCAGGAAGACCAUUCCUUAUUUGCGUCAAAUUGGAAAUGAACGGAAAAGCCUGUCGAACUGAACCUUGCCGAAGAGGGAAAUAUGCGUUACUUUUAAUCAACCAGAGAAGACUGAUGCCUCAAUUUUUAUUUUUUAUUUUUUUAAUGCAAGUUGUAACAUCUGUUAACUUGCCACAAGAGGGAGGCCAUGUGACAGGUAUUCGCUGAUCUGGUCAUUAGCUGUUAACAAAGUGUACUUGACAAAAUACAACAAAACCAGUCUGUUAUAAUACUAGAUUUAACUGCUUAACAUCACAUUUCCUGCUGUCUAAAAUGAAUCUGUUUUAUUAGGACUUCAACAGAGUUGCAGGUCGAGUUUUUUUUUUUAUUACAGUGCUGUAUUUUAACUACAAUUCGUCUGACAUUUCGAACCAGAAAGAUUACUAUUAUUGUGUACGAUAUAUUUGUAAAUACAGUCCACUUCAAAGAUCGCUUAACUGAAUCAGCAAUGAUUCUCCAUUUUACGUGAAAGUUAAUCCCAAAGGAUGAGGAGCAUCCUGUGUUGGGCAGAAGGUUGUAUAACCGGCAUCUUAAGAAUGGACUGCCAAGCUGCCUAAAUCACUGUGCCUGGCCUCGAGCCCGAACCAGUUUUCCCUUCUGUCUGUCACGUCUUCAUCCCGCCUUUAAACAAUCCAAGGGAUGGGUUCUGCUUUAAUGUCCUCAACAAAGGUGUUCAGGUGUCCUGGAACACUGACCUUCACUCCUUUUCCAUUUUGUAGUAAAAUAAAUGAAACUGGGCCCAGGGUCAGGGUCUGUUACAGUUUUUAUCAAUUCUCGGGAGCAUCUUUUUGGAACCAUGCCAAGAAAGCGCCUAUAGUUUGUUGAAAAACUGUAAUGCUGCCAGUGUUUGUGGGUAUGAUGAUGGGUGCAGGUGUGUGUCAAAAGUGAAGAACACAUUUGGAUGUACACCUGAUGGAGUAUAGCAAUAAAUGUCAAAUAUGCAUCUGCUGCUAAA